AUGUGGCGACUUUGCCGGGGCCUCCGCCGCGGCGACCCGCUCAACGCCGGCAGCUCCAUGACGCUCGGGAGCAAAGGCGCGAAGCACUCGCCCGGGCCGCAGCGGGCCCGGAUGCCGUGGACGGCGGCCAAGGAAUACGUCCCGGGGGUGGUCCUCCACGCGAAGGACCGGGCGCUCCUCGACGGGGCCCAGCUGGUGGGCCUGGAGGCGCUCGAGCGGGCCGCGCAGGUGGACCCGCUGGCGGCCCUGCACGCCGCGGUGGCGUCCUACCGCUACCACACCUCCACCGGCCAGACGCUCUUUCAGCUGGCCGCGGGGCUGCCCUCGCAGGGCCGCGGCCAGCGCUUCUUCCGCCCCGAGUGGAAGGAAGGGACGGCCGACAAACACGUCGUCCUCGCGGGGAUCGCGUUCGACCGGGCCGGCCACGGCGGCCGCGCCGACGGCUACGUUUGCUUUCACGGCGAGAGCACCACGCGGCCGGGGCCGAUCCCCCACGCCGACGUCCCGGGCUGGGCCGUGGACUUCGACGCGGCCGCCGAGGCCCCGCCGGAGGCCCCGCUUCCCCCGCCCCCCAGCGUCGGGGUCGAGGUCCCGGUCGACCCCCGGCGCUAUCGCCUCCGGGCCUACCCUUUUUACGACGCCCCGAACCCCCCGGGCUUCGUUGAGCGCCUGCUCAAGGACCGCGGGGUCGUCCCGGACCUGACGACGGACGCCGCCGAGGCCGGGGACGCGAUCCGCCGCCCCGCCGACGCCGCCGAGGACGGCUCGAUUCCCUACGAACGGGGGGGCUGA